AUGAAGCGCCUCAUUCCUUGCGCGCGACGCUCCUCCGAAGAUCAGGGACCUUUAGGGGAUGACUGCGUGCCGUUGGUGUCCACAGAUGCCUUGAUCGACCCUUCCUACAGCGACACUCGGACAGUAAUUUACAUAUGGGGGCGCCGUCUGCUGGAAGACUCUUCUGGAGAGCCUCCUGAUGGGGAGGGAGGCGCUCAAGGGGGAGGGGGUCGUCCUGGCAGUAGUAGUAGCAGCAGCAGUAAAUCUCUCUGUCAGCCUGUGGUGCUCCGUUCGCUCCAAGACGUGCGAGUGGUCGAGGUGGCAGUGGGGGAGACACAUGCGCUGUUUCUUUCGGAUGGCGGAAAGCUGUUCGCCUAUGGAGAGGGGGCUUAUGGUCAGCUGGGAAGGGGACAGGUCCAGCUGAUGGCGCAUACACCGCAGCGCAUUCCAGGGAUUGAGGGGAGUGUUGUGCAGAUUGCCGCGGGGGAUUUUCAUUCUUUAGCGCUUAGCGAUGAUGGGGCUGUCUACGCCUGGGGAGCGGCCGACUGUGUUGGCGAUGGCAGCGGCACUUGCGCCUUCUCCCCUCGACUUCUGCGUCUAAGCAGCGCACUUCCGACGCGAGGCACCUCCUCUCCUGUCUGCCGUCGCUUAGCUGCUAGAUAUGCGCAGUCAAUGGCACUCAUGGCAGGGGGCCACCUCCUCGUGUGGGGGCAUGCGAUACAUGCAAGGUACUUCCAGGUGCCUCGCCUUACGUUUGUCUUUGACCAGCAUCACAAAGUCAUGCAGCUAGCACUCGGCAAAGCCUUCGCACUGGCCCUCACGGAAAGGGGAGAAGUGCUGGCUUGGGGGGAUGGCACCUACGGCGAACUCGCUGGGCACACAUCCCGUGUAGGGAGUACCCUCUUUGAGGUACUGAGCCUGAAAGAUGCGAAUAAUCAGCCGCUUCCCCCCAUCGUGUCGAUCUCGGCGGGUGCUCGCCACGCGCUGCUCAUUGCGCAGGAUCUCCGUUUAUGGGCUUUUGGCGACAACCUCGCAGGGCAGUGCGGCGUGCCAGGGCAUCAGACUAAGCUGAACACCCCCAAGCUCGUCAAAGUUGGAGAACUCCGAUCGCGCGUCGCAAAAGUUGCCUGCGGUCACCGACAUUCCGGUUGUAUUACCCCUAGCCACCAGCUGUAUUUGUGGGGCCACUCAUCAAGCCACAAAUUAAUCUUUACCGCUGCGGCGGAGGCUGUCAUUUCGGGGGAGACUCAGGCGGGCGUUGCGCUGCGUUCCGGGUUGAAGAGCGCGUGCUGCAGACCUCGAAUGAUAUACUCCAUGCUGCACCAAAAAGUCACGCAGUUGGCUCUGGGCAGUGACUUUACAGUGGUUGUCACGGGAGACGGGGAUGCGGAGGAAGCCUCUGAAUGUCUGGCGUACAGCAGCGCAACUACGAGCGAAAGCAGCGCCUCUAAAAGCUGGAACUCCUCGCCGCACAUUUUGACAGCUGAAGACUUGCAUUUGCGCCUCGACAUCAGCGGGCUUGACAGCUCAAGGCAGGAUGAUUCACGGAAGGCAUCUGCGAGUGGGUGCGAAGCCCCUUCUGCCAAUGGCGUGGGGGCGAAGGUACUACAGCAAAGUAGUGGCCACGAAGGGCCUUAG